AUGGCAGGUGAGAUGUCCCGGAUUUGGCCUGUGGCAUGGACCACGGACCAGCAGGAAGUUGUCCUCGAAGUUCCUGACGAAUCGGGGAAAGGGAGCACGGACAGUGAGAAGACCACACUCCGACAACUUCUACAGGAACUUGAGGAUGCUGGGAUCACGGAUACAACGUUGAACUCCCAUGACAUGCAUGCCCCGCAUGCUGCUGAAGUUGGCCAAGGUCCUCAGCCAUACCUUGUCAAACCAAAGCCGACCAUGAUGUAUUUCGGCUUCACAGAGUGCACCAGCAACUACAAGUACACGAAUGCAGCUUCCAUCUUCACAGCCGCCGAACUUGAUGCCUCCAAAUCCCUCUUGAAGGCUUGGCGUGUGAUCUACACCAAAGAAAUCUCGCCUCGCAAACCGCUCUACUUCUUCAAAGAUGACUUGGAGAUGGAUGCAGGGCAUGUUGUCAGAUUGGUCUGA